AUGAAACCAUAAUAAAAGAAAUAAUAAUAACAAUUGCGGGAGAAGGGUUUUGAUACUUUUAUCUCUGGGGCUAACAAGGAUAGGGUUAAUUAGAAGAACAAAAAUCAAUUGAAGUUAAAAACCAGGGGCGUUAAGAAAUGGAAUGAUGAACAUAGUCAAUCCUAGAAGAUUGGCACUCUUGAUCAUGAUGAUUUGGAGGUCUUGAGGAAGUCAUUAGUGUAAGGUAAUGUGCUCAGCAAAUCUUAAUAGGAUUUGCUUGAAAAAUUGCAGAAAGACACACCCAUUGAUCAUAGAUAUGACCCACAUUUUUCACAAAUGUUGGAUAGCGAUAAUGAUGAAUUGGACGAGCAAUAAAUUUAAGAAGAAGAAGAUUUGUGUUAGUCUGAAGGAGAAGACCAUGAUGAGGAAGCCUAUAGGGAUGACUUUGAAAACACUAAACCUCAAAUCCAACCAGUUGUUCAAUAAUCAUAGCCUUAAAAAGUUAUACAAGUUGUCAAUUUACCUGCUACCAAACCCAGACCAAUCAGUGCCAUCUCAGAACAUGGCUAAUCUCAAUAGCAAUUGCCCCAAUAAGUCAGACAACCUUCCUCUGAAAUCAAACCUCCCCCCUUGACUAAACCAGAAACCAAGCAAUAUGCUUCCAAACCUCAAUUGAGGGCCAAUUCUGUAACCAAACAAGAGGAUAUUAAAAAUGAUAACAAUUCCUUCAAAGCUCCUCAAACUUCACAAAGCCAGAAGCCUCAAGAAAAGCCAAAGGAUCAACUUGAGGAGUUGUUUGAAAAAAUCGAAAAGCUUUCUAGUAAUGAGAAAUAAAAACUCAUUUUUUUCUUGAAUAAGAAUACCAUCAAUUUGGAGGAAAAGACUGACAGAUCAGAAAUGCAAAAUGAAUAGAGCUAACAAAAACUAUCACAUGAAAUGCCUAUCAAAUAAUAAAAGUAAUAAAAAGAAUUAUAAAUUAUUGAAAAUAAGCCCAAAGAGUAAGUACAAUUGACCAUUCCUCAAUAAAUAUCCAACAAUAACUAACCUGCAUUAUAAAUGCCAUAAAUUGAAACCAAGAAGCGAAAUAAGAGCAUAAAUAACAUUAUUCAGAUGUAAUAAGAAUUUGUAAAGGAAGAAAAAGCCUAAAUUAUAAUCGAGAAAAAUACUGAUUUGUUGAUUGAUAAGAAUUCUUAGUUAAAAAUGAGGAUACUGUCCACUUGGGGUAAUCCAAGCCUGGUAGGUCUCACUGAAAUAGAACUAUAUGCUACUGAUGGCAAUAAAGUCUAACUUAAACCAUAUAACAUUAAAAUGAGCAAUGCAUAGUCUCUCAAAUUGCCAGAAAUCCUUAUCAAUGGCAAAUUCUUAACCAAAGAUGCUGUCAAUAUGUGGUUAGGAAGUAUGCCUGAUCCUCCCAAAACUAUUGACAUCGAAAUCUCAUAUGAUGAUGAUGUGAUGCUAGGUGGGAUCAAAGUUUACAACUACAAUAAGAGUUUGAUUGAUAGUGUUAAAGGAGUAAGAGACAUGGAAAUAUUGUGUAGAUAGAAUGGUAAAGUCAUUUCUAAAAUUGUGGAAAUUAAAAAAGGUACUGGUUUUGAAAUUGAUGAUUAUGGAACAGAAAUUCAAAUUAUUGAUAAUUUCAAAUUCUCAAAUCUUUAAAACACUCAAUCCAAAUUUGCACAAAAACUCAGAGGUUAAAUUGAUUAAUCAGAUGUGAUAGAAAAAAAGUAGGAAAAGUUAGAGGAUUCUAAACCUCCUCCUUCAAGAAAAGGAAAAGGACCCAUAGUAGUGGAUGUAUUUAAGGGGGAACGUUUAGAUACUGGGAAAACUGAUAAGAAGGUUGAGUAGACACAACAACCUAAUAAUAAUUAAACUAAUCAAUAACAAAAUAUAGAACCCAGAAGAAGAAGAGAUAAUCCAUAACCCACUCAAGAUUACCUUGAAGAAACUCUUCAAUAUUUCAAUAUUACAUAAUAAGGUAGGUUAAAGCCGGUUUAACGGUAGGACAUCAUUGAAGACCCUGCACCCAUACCAAAAUACGAAGAAGUUGAUGCUCUUGACUUUUUCUUUAAAGGCUAACAACGACCUAAUAAUAUCUAAUAGAAACCACAAUUAUCCAAAUGGGAAACCCCAUCUUAAUAAUAGAUUCCUUCAUAAAUUAUCUAAUAGCCAAAUAAAAACAACUAUCGACAGUAAACAUAAGAAAAUGCCUAACUCAUUAAGGAGUUGCUUAAUUAGCCAUUAAUUAAUUAGGCUCCAGUAAAAAAGGCCAAGAAGCAGGUGUCUUUGCCGACUCUUCCACAAGUACGAGUCAUUACAAUCCAUAUACAUUCCACUUGGGGAGAUAAAUAUUAUGUAGGUUUAAAUGGAAUUGAAAUAUUCAAUGAAGCAGGAAAAUAAAUUGAGAUUUCAGAUCCAUACAGUUAAGUCAAGGCUGACCCUAGUGACAUCAAUGUGUUGCCAGAAUAUUUCAAUGACCCUAGAACACCUGAUAAGUUAGUCGAUGGAGUAUACUAUACUCAAUCUGAUAUGCAUGUAUGGUUGAGUCCCUUUUAGAGAGGGAAGAUUAAUAAGAUUACUAUUGAUCUGAAUGAUAAGAAGAAAAUUAGUAUGAUUCGAAUAUGGAACUAUAAUAAGAGCAGAAUCCAUAGUUUUAGAGGAGCCAAAGAUAUAAGUUUAUUCUUUGAUAAUCAAAUUGUGUUUAGAGGAGAUAUCAAGAAGGGUUUCGGAAAUAUGAAUUUAUAAAGAGUCAUCAAUUAGAAUGAGCAACCCUUUGAACUCUUUUUAUUCACAAGUGAUGAAAAUGUCAUCUCAUAAAUAGCCAAAAAUGAUUGGAUAAAUUCUUAGGAAUUCUAAACUAUUUAACAUGAUUAUCAAAACGAAAGACCAAAUACUGGAAAUGCAGAUUCAGAAGUAAGACCAACGACAUCGGCCAAAGUGACUAAUCUAUAGAAUGAAAUUAAAUAAGCCAGAUAGUAAGAGCAAACACAACAGAGACAAGAGAAAUAAUAAAUUUAAAGAGCAUUAGUUAAUCAGAACUCAAAUGGUAUAAUUUGUAGAUAUUUAUAAAUCAAAUUAUUAAGACCUUGGGCAGAUCAACCCUAUAUUGGAUUGACUGGAGUUGAGAUUUAUGGUAAGGAGGGAAAAAUAUAAGUAAAAAAUAUUAAAUCAGACUACCAAAGUGAUGGAGACAAAGGAAACAUAGUCAGUCUCAUAAAUGGGAUCAAUGUAACUACAAAUGAUAUGAAUAUGUACAUCCUUCCCUUUCAGCCAGGAAGGUGUAUCACACUAACAUUUACAUUCGACAUCCCUCAAUUAAUCACCUCAAUUAGAAUUUGGAAUUACAAUAAAUCUUAUGAUGACACCUUUAGAGGUGCUAAGUUUAUCAGUUUAUAGAAUGACUAAGGAAUUAUUUCCAAUUGCAUCGCAUUAAAGAGAGCUCCUGGUUGUGAUACCUAUGAUUAUGCCUAAACCAUUACUAUACCAUCCAAGGAAUAUGUGUUUGAAGAAACCACUCAAGUCUAAAAGUAAUUAAGAUGCGAAUAUGAAAUCAAUAACUUAAUGGUUGGACAUGAACUCAAGAUCUAAUUGAUAACUACUUUUGGAGAUAUCCACUAUAUUGGAUUGAAUGGUUUAGAAAUCCUAGAUUACAAGGGAAGACAAGUUUAAGGCAAUAUAGGAGCAGAGCCAUCGUCGGUUAGAAUCCUUUAAUCAAUGAGAGGAGAUAAAAGAGUAGUGGAGAAUCUCUUAGAUGGAAUCAAUGAAACUCAAAAUGACACUCAUAUGUGGUUAGCCCCAUUCACUAAUAGAUGCUUUGAUCAUUCUCAAGAUCCCCAAAUUAAUAGUCUCUAUUUCGGCUCAGAACAACCUUUUGCUUUAGGCUGCAUCGUCUUUUGGAAUUACACCAAAACUCCCGCAAGAGGUGUGCACGAAAUAGCUAUUAGUCUUGACGAUUAUAUUAUCUAUAGAGGGUAUCUAAGAUAAGCAGGCAAUGAUGGAAACCAAACUGUUGUUCUGUUUUACAGAGACAUGUAGUUGAUGGAAAGAUUCAGUGGAAAAUACUACACUGAAUUUGGUCAAAAAUAGUCUGCUGGUUACAAAAAUGAGGAGAAAGGUACUAGGCAAGUAUAAACUUAUGCUCUUUUGGAAAGGCCAAUAACUAGAGUCAAAGGAAGUAAUUGA